CUCCCCUACGAGGAACUCCACGCUGGAGAUACUAUCGAGUACUUCUCCAGGGCCUUUGUGUGCGGCGAUGUGAGAGGCCAUCGCGUCGCAGUGGUCCAUCGUAUCGACACAACGGAUGAUGAAUUUCCUCCGCGCGUAGACACCGCCGAGCCGCUGCCU